UCGCGACCUGGAGGUGAGGCAGGCCCAGCUGAGAGAGCGGAGAGCCGCGCUGGAAUCAUCCCGGGCUGACGCUCACAAGUCCGGGGCCCGGUGCACCCAGGACGCGAUCUUCCCAGAUGUCCUUCACUGCGAUGCCGGGACACCACGGACCCGGGGUGCAUCCACAGCGGAGGACGCGAGCCGGGUCCCGGGCGACGACUUCUCCCCCUCCUGCCUUCAACAUCUCCAUCCGGAACCGCUUCGCUCCCCUCCGCGAGACAGGACGCGACGCUGUGAUCAUCGGAGACUCCAUCGUCCGACACGUAAGUGCUACAUUAGCCGAAGGUAAAGUGCACACUCAUUGUUUGCCUGGUGCUCGUGUUCUCGAUGUUUCUGCGCAGAUACCCGCGAUCCUGAAGGUCGACGAGAGCCCCAGAGCGGUCGUGCUUCACGCCGGGGUUAACGACACCACGCUGCGGCAGACAGAGACGCUGAAGAGGGACUUCCGCAGCCUGAUCGAGACGGUUCGCAGCACGACGCCCGCGGCGACGAUCGUCGUGUCAGGACCACUGCUCACGUAUCGACGAGGACACGAAAGGUUCAGUAGACUUUUUGCUUUAAAUGAAUGGUUGUUGUCAUGGUGUAAAGAACAGAAACCGCUGUUUGUUAAUAACUGGAAUCUUUUCUGGGAGCGUCCUAGACUGUUUCGCGCUGAUGGAUUACACCCCAGCAGAGUCGGAGCGGAGCUGCUCUCUGACAACAUCUCCAGGACACUUCGCUCCAUGUGACUAGUAAGACAAUUCUCUAAUAACUAUUAUGAUGAGUUUUGUUCCACCCGCUUAAAUGAUAAAAGUACUUGCGCUGUAAAAACU